AUAUUUUUCACAAAAAAAUGCAAAAAUUUCCUCAGGACAAAAUUUCUCAAUAAAUAUAGAAUAAAGAUUGGAUAAUUUAUAGGGUGGAUUUUAUAUGCGUGGGAGUCGAUUCUUAUAGUCGUCAUAUUUGAGUGGGCUAGUUAAUUUUCUCUAAUAACAUGAGUUAAAAUGUAUUUUAUAGACUAUUGAAAAAUGUAAACAUAUACACACGCACACACACACAUAUGCACAAAUCAAGAAACCCUGUUUAAGUGAUUUUAUAAAAUCAUAUUUACCAAUAUCUUAAUGGAAAUUAUUUUACAGGGAUUUACAUACGUAUAUAUAUGUAUAUUCUUGUAACUUGAUUGUUCUUAUUUUCUUUACACAAAAUCAACUUAUAUGUUAUUAUUGAAUGCUUAUUAAUCCAUUAGUCAAUUAUCAGUAUUAUUAUUAUUCUCUUAUAAUCUAUGCUAUUAAACAAUUUAAUUAUUUAAUUAUUAAACAAUUAAUUAAUUAUUGGAACAAAUUGACUUCUAAUAUUGAAUUCAAACAAAUUAUUGAAUUGUUCAAUAAUAUUCAAUUUCAUUUGUCAUGGACAAAACGUAAUAUUUCAAUGGAUCGUUUAAAUUCAUCUAUGAAAUAUAUACGCGUAAAUUUUGAAAAUUUAUCAUUGAAAUCAACUGAAAGUGCUUACAUCAAAUGUGAUCAAAUGAUUUCUUAUAAUAAUAAUAAUAACAUUGAAAAGGUUGAAAUUAUGAAAAUUUUAAAAAACCCUUUAACACAUAAUAUUACUGAUUAUUAUAUAGAAGCAACUAAAAAGAAACAUUAUCUAUUAUUAAAUAAAACUAUACAAAUUCUAAUUAUAAUAAUCUUAUUUAAUUAUUCAAUAGUUUACGUGAAUAAUAAUCUUUGCAUAGAUGCUAUGCAUUUACAUAAUACUAUUUUAUCACCAUUAACGGAAACGUCAACAGAUUCAGAGACAAUAUUAGAAUCAGAUUCAUCUACAUUACCUACAUAUUUAAUUGAUUCACCCGUAGUCAAAUUAAUUAAAACUCCAAAAACUACACAACGAUCUUAUUUAGAUAAUGGAUUACAAUUAGAAAAUAAAGUAAUGCAAAGAAUAUCAUCAAUAUUUCAAGAUAAAAAGGCUAUACAAGAUUUGUUGACAGAAAUGAAUGCAUACUAUUUAACUUAUGGGAGACCAAGGUUAGUUUUAAAAUAUGAUUCAAUUAUUGUAUAA